CUUACUCUAAUUGCAUCAGUAAAUGGCAACCAGUGCAUCAAUGGAGACCAAAAUUACUCUCCUCGUUGCUGUUUUGCUCGCUUUUGCUGCGUCGCCUUCGCGCGCUAGCCUCUCGUUCAACUUCUACGCUACAUCGUGUCCCGCUGCGGAGUUCAUCGUUAGCAACACGGUCAGAUCAGCUUCCUCUUCUGAUCCAACCAUCCCUGGGAAACUACUGCGCCUGUUGUUCCACGACUGCUUCGUCGAGGGUUGUGAUGCAUCAGUACUAUUACAAGGAAACGGAACCGAGCGAAGCGAUCCGGCAAAUACCUCACUCGGAGGAUUCUCGGUUAUCGAUUCGGCUAAAAGGGAACUCGAAAUCUUCUGCCCCGGAGCAGUUUCUUGUGCCGAUAUCGUUGCAUUGGCUGCAAGAGAUGCUGUUGUUAUGCCGGGCGGACCUGCAUUUCCGAUUCCGACUGGAAGAAGAGACGGAAGAAUAUCGAAUGCUGCAAACGUCAGACCAAACAUUGCAGAUACAAGUUUCACCAUGAAUGAGAUGAUCAAACUCUUCAAAUCUAAGGGCUUAUCUCUAGACGACCUUGUAACUCUGUCAGGUGCUCAUACUAUAGGAUCAGCACAUUGUAACGCAUUCAGCGAUCGAUUUCGAAUGAACUCAAAGGGAAAGCUAACCCUGAUCGACAAAUCACUAGACAGUAGCUAUGCAGAAGAUCUUAUGAAGAAGUGUCCAUUGGGUUCGAGCGCAUCGAAAACCGUCGACAAUGAUCCGGAGACGUCGUUCGCAUUCGAUAAUCAGUAUUACAGCAAUCUAGUGGCUCACAAGGGGUUGUUUCAGUCGGACUCUGUUCUUUUAGAGGAUGGAAGAACCAGGGCGAAAGUAGAAGCUUUUGCAACUGAUCAAGAAAGCUUUUUCCGGAGCUGGGGGGAGUCGUUCUUGAAGCUCACUGCCGUUAGAGUGAAAACGGACGAUGAAGGGGAAAUCCGACGGUCUUGUUCAUUUGCUAAUUAGAGGUAUAUAUGUGUGUGUGUGAUUCUUGUCUUCCUUGUGUAGCUUGAAAUAAUGUCUAUGUUACAUAUGACUUACGGGU